UCUUUGCGUAUACUGCGUACAGCCGUACACUGAGGGCUGAGGCGGCUGCUGCUGCGUCCGUCGGUGGCGGUGGCUGCUGCAGUUUACUGGUCUGGUUUUAUUGGUUUUAUUUAGGGGUGGAGUCCCUGGUCUGAAACCAAUAAAUUACUAGAAAUAGAAGUGUACUGCUGCAGUUUAUAGUUUAUUAUGGUUUUAUUUGUACUGGUUUUAUUGAAAUAGAAAUAUGUAUACUGGUUUAGUGGUUUGAAACUACUGCAGUUUUUGAAAUAGGAAUUGAAUGUUUGAAAAUUGAAACUGCUGCAGUUUUUGAAGUGCUUGUUGGUUGUUGCUUGUUUAGUAAACUAUUGGCUGGUUUUGAUGAUUGAUAUGAAUUCAAUUUGAUUGGAAGUUUAAUGGUCUGGUCAGGUGAAUGGAUUCACUAUUCAAUAUUCAUUUCUGUUUGUUUUUUUUUUUUUUUUUUUUUUUUUUUUUUUUUUUCAUUGGUUUAUGAUUCAAUGUAUGCUAUGGCUACUGGUGUUGUUGCUGAUUGGGACGCUUACUGAAUUCAUGUGUGCAACGGUGUUCUAGUCGUGUUGAGAAUUUGAGAUUCGAUAGUUCAUAUAGUAUGUGUUUGGAAUCUGGAUUUAGGCUCAGUGGCAGCAGUUAAAUUAUAUCAAACAUGUCUAAUCAAUCCGUAGCUGCCAAGAGUUGGGUUUAACCGUUUAAGUUUUGAUAGUGCCAGAAGUGAAAUUUCUGAAUCUAUCAUCUAUUUAUGUGUUAUAUAUGAAAAAGAUUAUCUCUUUUUAUGAUAUAUUUAUAUUAAGUUGAUGAGCUGAUGCUAUGGGAGAUAUUUACUCUGCAGCUAAGGAAUGGCAUCAAUGGUUGCCAAGGCAUGUAGUAAUUUUUUACAUUAAGUUGCCAAGGCUCAUGCUAUUAAAUUUAUGAUAUAUUUAUAUUAAGUUGUAAAUUUUUUACAGAUAUACUUUAAAAGGCUUAAAAAUGUAGGCCUUAAAUAGGGCCUAUUUUAAAAGCCUCAAAGCCUAUUUAGGAUCUAUUUAGGAGCCUUUUUAAAAGCCUAUAUGUUAAAUAGGCUUUUAAAAAGGCUUCAGGGCAGGUCAGGGCAACUCUAGGCUCAGGCUUGAGCCUAAAAAAAAAGCCUACAUGCAGGCCCAGGCUCAGGCUUUAGAUUUCCAUAGCAGGCCCAUGCCUAAAUUUCUAAAGCCCGACUCGGCCUAGCUUAUUUCCACCCCUAUUUGGAAGAUUGUCGGUUUGUACAUGACCGUAUUCCAUAUAUUCACUUUGCAGGCUUAAGCCUAUAUUUGGACAUGCAGUGCAGGGAUGACCAUGGUUCGAUUUGAAUUUCGAUUCAAAUCGAACCGUGCAUUGUUGGAAUCGGACUGGAAUCUACAAGGCCGGAUCCAUUUCCACCGCUGCUCUCCAUCGGCGCCGCCUAUGAGAACCACCGCAGGUGCGAUUGCCACAGCGCUCUCCAUAGCUGUAGUUGUCUCUUACUUCCUCACCAAGCACACUGAAAACAAGUCUUCUAGACGCAGACAAACCACUUCACUGAAAAAGUCCAGAAAUGGGCUCGUUGACGCCAUUGGCAACACCCCUUUGAUUAGAAUCAAUAGCCUUUCCGACGCAACUGGCUGUGAGAUUCUUGGGAAAGCAGAGUUCUUGAAUCCAGGCGGGAGUGUUAAAGACAGGGUAGCUGUGAAAAUUAUUGAGAAGGCUAUGGAAUCAGGGGCACUAGCUGAAGGCGGCGUAGUUACAGAGGGCAGUGCUGGAAGCACAGCCAUAAGUCUUGCAACAGUAGCUCCUGCAUUUGGGUGUACAUGCCAUGUGGUUAUCCCUGAUGAUGCUGCUAUUGAGAAGUCUCAAAUCCUGGAAGCACUUGGGGCUACAGUUGAAAGGGUCCGACCAGUUUCAAUCACUCACAAAGAUCAUUUUGUUAAUAUUGCAAGAAGAAGGGCACUGGAGGCAAAUGAAAUAGCAUUAAUUAGAAAAAGCAAAGCAGAUCAAAAUGGUGCCAAGGGGGCUAAACAAAUCAAUGGUCAUACAAUCAGUGAGGAAAAACAAAGUUCAACAUUCUCACUUGACUGUAAGGGUGGAUUUUUUGCAGAUCAAUUUGAAAACCUUGCAAAUUUUAGGGCCCACUAUGAGGGUACCGGGCCAGAGAUAUGGGAACAAACAGGUGGGGAACUGGAUGCUUUUGUUGCAGCAGCAGGCACCGGUGGCACUGUUGCUGGUGUUUCAUGUUUUUUGAAGGAAAAAAACUCAAACAUCAAGUGCUUUCUUGUUGACCCCCCUGGUUCGGGCUUAUUUAACAAGGUAAUAAGAGGAGUCAUGUACACGAGAGAGGAAGCUGAAGGACGGAGGUUGAAGAACCCUUUCGAUACUAUUACUGAAGGGAUUGGAAUCAAUAGAUUGACAGAAAAUUUUAAGAUGGCAAAACUUGAUGGGGCUUUCCGAGGCACAGACAUGGAAGCUGUUGAAAUGUCAAGGUAUCUGUUGAAGAAUGAUGGGCUGUUUGUUGGAAGUUCAUCGGCCAUGAAUUGUGUUGGAGCUGUUAGGGUGGCACGAGCAUUAGGCCCUGGCCACAUAAUCGUUACGAUCUUGUGUGACAGUGGCAUGAGGCAUUUAAGUAAGUUUUUCAAUUCUGAGUACUUGUCUCAACAUGGCUUGACUCCUUCAGCAAUUGGAUUGGAGUUUCUUGGCUUUAGUUGAACUUUGUUUUUUAUUUUUAUUUUUAUUUUUUGCACCUAAUAUAAUCACUAAAAACCAGUCUAUUUUGCUCGAGAGAUGAAAGUGUUUUCAUUUCACUAGUUGUGACACAAAUACUGAUACAGUAGAUCACACAAGAAACAUGUUUAGUGCUGUACGGUGUAGUUUUUUAUAGACAAGUAUGGAACACAACCUAGCUUGUACAUGAUGUGUUAUUCUUACCAGAUUUUCUUUUCUUUAUGUCAAUUACAUUUGAUGAUUUGAAUA